AUGAAAAUGGACUUUUUUGAAAUUGUUGAUGAUACCCUUAUAUCGGAGGAAAACGAAAUUGGUUUGUUUCGAUCAAGAAAAAAACGGGUGGUUAGAAACAGACCCAACCAUUUUUUAGAAUGGGAAGAUGAAGAGUUUAGAAGAAGAUUUAGGCUUAAGAAGAAAACCGUUGAAUACCUAUUAGGAUUGAUAGAAGACAAAAUUCAACAUAAAACAGAAAGAAAUCAGUGCGUUCCUCCCCUAUCCCAGUUAUUAAUAGCGCUAAGGUUUUAUGCGACUGGAAGUUUUUAUAUUUCCAUUGGGGACUUUGCGGGAAUUGAUGCAUCCAGAGUAUGUGUGAUAAUUAAAAAAGUCACUAAAGCCAUUGUAUCUUUGCGCCCAUUUUUCAUCAAAAUGCCAACGAAUCAAAACUAUACUUUAGUUCAACAAGCAUUUUAUAAGGUAGCCAGAUUCCCUAGGGUAAUUGCAGCAAUCGACUGCACACACGUGCGAAUAAUUUCGCCAGGUGGCGAAACUGCUGAAAACUUUAGGAAUAGAAAAGGCUAUUUUUCCAUAAAUGUUCAAGCACUUUGCUCAGCAGAUUUAAAAAUUCAAGACGUAGUUGCAAGAUGGCCUGGCUCUACACAUGAUAGCCUCAUAUUUGCAAGUUCUGCGAUAAAAUAUCGGUUUGAUAGUGGACAUUUCAAAAAUGGCAUUUUACUUGGUGACAGUGGAUAUGCUUUAAAUAGUUAUCUCAUGACUCCUCUAAGCGAGCCACAUACAAGAGCAGAAUGCUUAUACAAUGAGUCACACAUUAGAACUAGAAAUGCUGUAGAAAGAUGUUUCGGGGUAUGGAAAAGAAGAUUUCCAGUUCUUAGCAUUGGAAUGCGUUGUAAUUUGCCGCUCGUGCAAGAUGUAAUUGUGGCAACUGCAAUUUUGCAUAAUUUGGCUAUCGACCAAAAAGAUGAAGAGCCACCAGAUGAUCCAGAAAUUGUUGUAGAUAUUGACGUAUUUACGGAUCAACAUUCGCAUGACUUCCAAACUCACAAUCAGACAAGACAUGUUUUGUUAGACUAUUUUGCAUCUCUUCUCUAA